AUGACAAGAUCCAAAACCAAGAAGGCUGCGCGUGAAUCCACAAAGCUUGCGCAAAAACAAAAGGCAUCGAAUACUCAGGACCAACAUGAACAAGACGCAUCCAAAUUGACCCAGCAGGAGAUUCAAAGGGUCAAAAAAAGAGAGAAACAACGAGCUUGUAGAGCGCGUCGCGCUGCAAGAAAGUUAGCAAAGAGACAGGAAGAAGCUCGAGCUCAGGUGAUAGAACAAAUUCAACUCUCAGGACUGCAGUAUAAAUUAACCGGUUCAAAGCAGGAGCUGGCGAUCGUUCCAGAAGAUGAGCAAUCCAGAAAUCCAGAACAGUCUCUAGAGUCGUACUCGAAUGUCUCUACGAGGUCGGAUCAGCGAAUGGCAAGUCCCAAUGCAAAUUGCAACGGGACAUCUAGUGCAAGACAAUCGAUGAGAGAGAAGGAUCAGGCUCACGCAUCAACUUCAGAAGUACAGAAUUCGCUCUCUCAGGAACAUAGCUCUGUACUCGGACACAUUGGACACGGAGAAGAUGCCUUUUUCUCUGGUGAUGACCCAAUGGCAGGCACACUAGAGCAGGAGGCUUUUCAUCAGUUUGACAAAGUUCGCGUAUUUCUUCGCAAAAGAAACUACGCUAAUCCCUUGGUUUUUUACCUUCUCUACGCGACUGGUUUUUCCAAAUUAGCUCAAUUCGAGAGCCUUGCUUUUGCUAUUAUCACAGCUUCACCGGCUGAUUGGGCUAUGUUGGAAGAUGGACGGAUAUGGUGCCACAUUUACAAUACACGCUCCAACUUAAUUAUCCGGAAGUCAAAACCGGGCUUUCGACUCUUUCUUUACUUGGCUCUUACUGCCAUCAACUUACUGCCUCGCACCUCAAGAUUCAAAGCUUUCUUUUCCUUCUCCUGGGUCGGUGUUACGGUCAUUGCAGUCCCGUGCAGUAAGGCAAUGGCAAAAUCCAAAUCGAAGAAAGCUGAUCGUGAAUCCAAGAAGCCAGCAGAAAAGCAAAAGCCCUCGAACACUCAGAAAAAGCAUCAAACAGACAAACCCAAAUUAACAAAGAAGGAAAAAAAGGAGAAACGGGCCAAAAGGGGUGAGCGGAGGCGAGCUUAUAACGCUCGUCGUGCAGCGAGAAGGCUGGAGAAGAGAAAACAGGAUGAAGAGGAAGCGCGAGUGGAGGCGAUAGCACAGGAGGAAGAGCGUGUGCGGGCGAUAGCACUAGAGGAAGCGCGAAAGCAGCAUCUUGAAUCACUCGACCAUGCGGAGGAAGAGUCUGUAAGCGAGUAUGGUGGAUAUAUGGGGCCAAGACCGGAUUAUUCAGACGACUUUGAGGAGGAGGAGGAAGAGUCGAACGGGGACUCGGAAAAUGAGUCUAUGACUUCGGAUGGAGAAUUGUCCGACUUUUCAGGAUGGCUACAAGCCGCUUACGGUUUCCACUAG